ACGUAUACAUAGUAGCAGAAGACAUAUAGGUAGCUUAGCCAUCUAUAAAAGAAGCCCAUAUACUGCCAUCGACUGGAGGACCAUAUCCCAUACGUAUGAUCUGUGCUGUCUCCACCUCUCUCCCUCCCUCUCUCCUCUCCUCAACUCAAUUGCUCAAAGCUAGAGAGCUUCUUCUAGGAAGCUAGCUCAGCAGAGGCUGCCGAACACCCGAGUACACACAUACCACCAAAGCUGAUUGAUCAAUCAUCUCUUCUGCUGCCAGCAGAGUCAUCUGAGCAAGACACAGGUCUGCCGCGUCUCAGGCCGUUGUUGACGGUCUGUGCUUUGCUGCAAAUUAACUCGAUCCCUGACUUCCAAGGAGUGCCUAGCUAGCUCGGGGAAUUGGAUCAAUCUUUCAAGCUGUGCUCCAUCUCUACCGGCGAAGCUGCUGCCCCGUUGCUGUUCUACCCCUCGAAGGCUUCAAAUUAAUCACAUCCAAGAUCCAGCCAUUUGCUUUCAUCUGAAAGCCAUCCAAGAAUCCCUGCGCCAGUCGCUGGUCGAUCGGUUUGCCUUAAUUAGCUCUCCCCCGGCGGUGCGGCGAUGGACACUUUCGGCUGGGCCGGCGACGACGUUUACCAGCCGCGUCUUGCGGGUCAGCUGAGCUGUGGCCGGUUCGAGCUGGACGACGCUUUCCUCGGCCAGUUCCAGUGCGACGUCGGCGGGGAGGCCCAGUUGAGCUCGAGCUACGGUGCCACCGGAGCAGGCGCAGCGGAGGACUCGAACCCGCUGGGAUUCUUUGGCUCCGGGUCGGGGGUCGACGUGUUCUCCUCAGUGGUCGAUGGCGCCGGCGCGCACGACGGCCUGCUCGACGCGGCGCUCGCCUUCUCCAGGGUGCUCUCGUGCGGCGCCGAGGGUGACCCCGGGGCGGUCUCGAACGGCGUCAUGUUCUCCGGCUACAGCGGCAACAUCUCCUCCGGGGAGUCCAACAACUACAGUGGCGGCGGCCACGAUGCGGAGGUGGCGUCGCCGACGUCCAUUAUAUCGCCCACCACGACGUCGCUCCCCCAGACGACGUCGGCACAGGCGCUACACGCGAACCGGAAACUACUACCGGCCAACGACUGCACCAACAUAGCAACCGCGCCGCCGCUCCCACGCGCCGGCGCAAAGCGGAAGGCGCACAGCCCCAUCACGACCGCAACAAGCAUCACCUUCGGCCAGGGCGCCCACGUCGACACCGGGGCCGGAAAGUACGUGCCGGACAUGGAGGCGAUGGCACAGAUGAAGGAGAUGAUCUACCGGGCGGCGGCAAUGCGCCCGGUGAACCUCGUCACGGAGCCCCCCGCGAUCGGCGGCAGCAAGCCUCGUCGCAAGAACGUGCGCAUCUCGAGCGACCCGCAGACGGUGGCAGCCCGUCUCCGGCGGGAGCGCGUCAGCGACCGCCUCCGCGUGCUGCAGAAGCUUGUCCCCGGCGGCAGCAAGAUGGAUACGGCGUCCAUGCUGGACGAGGCCGCCAGCUACCUCAAGUUCCUCAAGUCCCAGGUCCAGGCGCUGGAAACCCUAGGAACCGCGAACAGUACCACCGGCAACGCCGCCAUGUCCUCCGCCAGCACGACCAGGUUACAUCAGCGUCAUUACGGAAACAGCCCUGGGUUUCUUGGAUUUGCGACAAAUAACAGCAACAACUCCGUCUUCGGAAAUACUAAUGGGAGUGCAACAAGACUGUUGUAGUACUGUUUCUAGUAUGAGUUGAUCGUGUAUAUGUCAAUACGUAGUGUUGUUUCCUACUGUUUCAGGUCGAUCUACGUACGUGCUUAAUUGGUACAGUACGGUAUACUUCAUACUAAGUUUUUAGUUUAGUCGUGAUUUGGACCCGCUGCAUCGUCGAAGCAAUUCAGCUGCAGCCUGAGAUCGAGACCGUGGAAUACCUGCUGAUUAAAGAAAACAAAAAAAAGAGCUUCAAUUGUAUUCUAGAGUAAAUGUGGUUGGAUAUUAAGAUGUGUACAUGCAAAUGAAAUUUAAUACUAGAGUACGGUAUACUUCA